AACGCAACAACAACGUAACGCAAACGUUUUGAGCAACAAGUGUAUUUUAUUUUCAUAAACAAAGUGUAUUGAAACGAAAAAACCCCAGUUAAAGUGAUGUUUUGGCGUAUAUCUUGUGUCCUCCGUUGAUCCCGAGACAGUGAGCAGCUGCAGAGCAUCGAAAUUAGCCUGGAACUCGGGUAAUCAGUGCAAUUGGAGCAGCUUGAAAGGCAAAACACGCCAACGAAACGAGAUCGAGAAUUGAGUUGACACCCAUUCCGAUUCCGCGAUGCAAAUCGAUGCGAUCGAGGCCUGAAUAAUGCUGCUCAGCGAGACCCACUUCUGGACGACGCUGCGGGAGGAGGUGCGGAUCAAGAGCCACGAUUUGGGGGCCUUUCGCUACCUGCGGCAGCGGGACAAGGAUCAGGAGCAGCAGGACCUCACGUGCCUGGCCAAGCGGGAUUACACGGAACGGCGCAAUGGAUUGGCCGUCCUAAAGAACUCAAGUCGCAAGUCGACGGGUCGCCUGAAGGACAACCUCAAGAAGCUGGAGGAUCUGCUGCGUCAGCACAGGAUCAUCCAUUCCGAGUGGCAGGAUGCGGCGCAGGUGCUGCUCCUGUUUUCCCACGGCCUGAUUGCCCACAUUUGCGUGGACAUCUACACGGGCGACAUCCUGCGAAUGGUCUUCGAAAAGUACUUGGUUGGAAAACUCGCCUCCGAGGUUAUUACAGAUGCUUUUUUCACCCGUUCCCACAUCGUCUUGGCCUACAAUACCAACCAGCUGACGGUGGUGCAUCUGCAGAGGCCCAAUGCGCGGUCCCAGGGGCCGGAGAAGAUCGCCAACAUGGAUCCGCGCAUCUUCCACGUGAUCAUACCGGGCGCCACCGAACGCAAACUAUCCCGCCACCUGACAGUCAAUGGAAGCUUCGAUCUCUUCGUGGUCUGGACGCAGUCCUCGCAGAACGAAGUGUAUCCCUGGAGGCCGACAAUAAGGGAUCAGGAUCGAGCCAACAUUCAUGUGUUUAAGAUUAAGGGUUUACAGCUGGAAUCGAUUGCCUAUUGCUGGUCGGAGAACGACCCACUUUGCGUGGACUUCCUGCGGAGCAGCGAGAGCCAGAUCAUCACGUUGGAGCAGAAGGUUUCCCGCAAGGGCGACAUUAGCGCCGAGAUCUGCUCCUACGAACUGGCUGCUGGGAAAAUGCAGCGCACCGCCAUCACCUCCAUACCCAUGGGCGCCCAAAUCUGCUCUUUUGCCUUCAGUCCCGACCAGGAGAAGCUCUUCCUGGGUAGCAUCGAUCGGAAUAUAUGCCUGCACGACUUGGUUCAGCAGUCGACGAAGUACGCCAACCAAAUUGAGAUUGUCCCCAAUCAGUGCGCCUGGCACUGCGACUCCGCCAUGCUGUGCGUGGCCAACGAGCGUUCGGUGCUGCAGUGCUUCGAUCUCGCUUUGGCCACCAUUGGCCAUCAGCUGGUCAGCGAGAGUGUGACGCCGUCGAGUUUGCUGGAUUUAUCGCACUACUUUGUGGCCCAGCCAACGCUGCUGAGCGUCGCCUUCAGCAGGAAGCCGGAUUUGGCCACGUUCAAGCACACCUACGCCCAGACAGACUGCCUGCUGUUGCUGAUCUACGAACAGGGACCCUUGGCCUGCAUGCGCAUCUUCGGCGGCACUGGGAUGAGGGGUGAUAUCCACAAUUCCGGUCUCACUGCGGAUGUCAUAGCGGACAAGUAUCUGCGACUGCAGCAGCCGGACAGAGCGGUGAAUGUUUUGGCUGCUCUUAAUUGGGAGACCUACGGAGCCAUGUGUUUGAUCACCCUGCACAAGAUAGCCAACUAUGUGUUCUUUGGCGGGGAUCAGCGACGUCCUCGCAUCGAGCUGAUGGCCAGAGCCCUCAAGACUUUCGCACACACGCUUUCCGAGGAAACGAAGGAUGAGUUUAGCGAUCAGGUUUACGAUCUUAAGCGACGCUUUUGCUUCUUCCUGCUGCGUAAAAACCUCUUUGCCGAGGCCUUUGAAAUUGCCCAGGAUGUGGCCGACUAUGACAUCUUCAUGGAUCUGUACAAUCUCACCAAGUGCAUCUCCAGUCUAAGCGAAUUUGCCCAGGUGGCUUUCAGUCAGGCAGCUGCCAUAAUCCAUGAAGAGGAUCGUGCCAACGGCAAUCUCAGUCUGACUUGUGACCUGCGCUCCGAAUCUGCCUGCUCGCUGUCCACCUGCUCGGAUUUAAUGCGUGUUCAGGCUGUGGCAACAGGAGCAGCCACUGGACAGCCGCAGAAUCAACAGAUCCUAAAGAACUACGUGCCACCGCUGCCCUCGUUCAAGUCGAAGGUGUUCAAUGCUGAGAUGAUCAAGAUCAACAUACCCAAACCGGAACUGAGACCACCCUUGCCAAAGGUUUCCAUAGCACCACCCACCACUUCGCUGGCGAGUCUCUCCUUGAAGAGCAACAGUCUGCAGCAGGCGCCGCUGAAGACCUUAAAUUCAAAUGGCAAUUUGUGGUCCCAGGACGUUCCUGAUCAAACAGUGGGUCUGCCCAUCAGUCCGCUUCCCCGCCUUGCGCCCGCCAAUGUACCAGAGCAAACUGCCCAGCUUGGUCAAUUCAACACAAUAACAACAGCAUCGCCUCCACCGACGGCAGCAGCCUAUCAGCCCAAGUUCUAUCAGCAUCCGCUUGUCUCUGGCAAUAUACCCGCCAUGUUGCCCUCGGUGACCAGCGAGGAGUAUCAGAAGCGUCUACUGCUCAAAAAGCCCACUGCAUCCAUUCUAUCUAACCCAGCAAAUCCUGCGAAUCCUACAAACGGAGAGGCAGCCACGCCGACUGCCAAGUCACAAACGGCCGAGAAGAACAAAGUCAAGUUCUCCGACACAAUACAAGUGGCCGUGGUGCCGGAGAUUCCCCGCAAGGAAAAGCCCAUGCCGCCCAAGAGAAAUGGUUACUCGCGACCAACAGCACGCCAUCUGACCAAUCCCAAAAAGGAACUGGCCGACAGCUUGCCGCUUUGUCAUCCCAACGAUGAGUAUCUGAAGGACUUUAAUCCUAUUACCACCAAUGUAACCAAACCGCCCAUUCGACGUCGCGAGGAGGAGCCCAAGCAGAGCAGCAGCAAGAGCGGCAACUCCUCGUCCAUCAAGGUUGUCCACUUUGGCGUCGUCUAAUAAUUCAUAGUGCAAUUCCUAAGUUAAGAGCUGCGUCUUCCAAUCGUUUUAAAAAACCACUGCCGUCCCAGUUAGUGCAAAGCUUUAAAUAGGAAAGUUUUUACUCAUAGGUUCUCUCUACUCUUUACACAGGUUACUCAUUAAAGCUUAGCAUUAAAUGUUUGCCAAAUCGGA